UGGGUGUUUAAAUAUUGUCAACAUUUCAGGUUUGUCAUUAAAAUGAAAAUGCUUGACGUGUUAGAUUUAAAGUUUCAUGUUAAAGAAAGCCUUUAAAAUGUUGAAUAUACGUAGUACUUAAAAUAAAGAACAUACAUAUCAUAGCUAUGAGUGAUAAUGUUAAACAAAAUACGGCGGGAGUAGAACGACGUAGGAAGAACACGUACAGACCGGCGUCCGAGAGAGUACGGCUCCCUCCCAUAAAGGAACAACAGUGUGACUUUCAGCGAAACAAUGGCGUGCAUGAUCCACAGAAGUCGAAGCAGAGGCCGCGCUCCGAGGAACCGAGGCCGACUGCUGCUAAGCCGAUGUCGCUUGUGGAAGCCCUGCCCGCAAUAAUGGCGCGGUUCAAGGCUGAGAUCGGCACAAAGUCGUUCAUCCGGAAAACGCGCGCGGCCGUCAACGAACGGAGACGGUUAGAGCGUCUUCAGGCAAUAGCACUUGAGCAACGCCGCUGGAUUAAAGGCUCAGAAAUGGCGGCGUUCUUCCAUGUGUGGCAGACGUCAGUUGACCACGUGAAAGACCAGCACGUUCGGCCGGGCACCGUACAGACAAGGCGCGUUGUGGGUGCCGUGCCCAAAAGCUUCAAGGCACUGGAACAGGCGGCAGAGCGGCACCGGAAGGAUAUGGAGCACUCAGAUUUUGGUAUCAUUAGGGAUUGCUGCUCCAAACCAAGAUACAUUCUGCCGCCACUGAUGAACGAUUAGCAGGACAUAAGGGUAUCUGCCUUCGAUUGACACUGAAGUGUUCCAAAUAGUACAUUGGUCAAGAACUAUAUUUGGCCAUUGUUGUUCCAUCAUUGCGAAAUAUUAAUCUGCCAGGACCUUAGUCAGGGAAAGUAACUGACAUUUUGACCUCAUUGUAUGAUUGUAGAUUUUUGUAGAUUUUCUUCUGCCUGUAUUCAAGGGACUCGUCCACAUUUUAUAGUCACACAUCGAAAAAAAAGCAGACCUAGUAUUCUCAAUUAUUUAAAAAUGUGAAAUGAAAUGAUCAUUCAGCCCGAAAGCUUUGAUAUCGCUUUUGAAUAAUUUAAGCCUUGGAAUCGCAAAACUGUUCAAACGAGUAUUAACCGGUUCUUUUUGGUCUAAGUUGGUUUAGUGCACGGUUACCAAAAGCAAGGAAUGACAACAUGUUUUCAUACUAAGGAUGAACCGGAAUUCUAAAAUAUUGAAUGUUUAUGUUUUCUAUCGCAAAAUUUCCUGAAAAAAAUACGUUACGAAUGUAACUGAACGAAUUCAAAUUCACCUGUUUUACAGAUGUACGGUCAAGGACGUAACUUCCUUUAUCGCCUUGACAUACAUUUUACCGCAAUAAAACGUCAUCGACCAAUCACAA